AUGUCGUUCCCCCAGCUGGGCUACCAAUACAUCCGGCCCGUGUACCCUCCGGAGCGCCAGGGUAUGGCCGGCAACGCCCGGAACGCCGCCGCAGCAGCAGCCGCCGCGGCCGCUGCCGAGCUCAGUCCGUCGGGCGCGCUCUCCAACGUGCUCUCGUCUAUGUACGGAGCCCCGUUCGCCGCUGCGGCAGCGCAGGGCUACGGUGCCUUCCUUCCUUACUCCAACGAUAUCUCCAUUUUCAACCAGCUGGGUGCCCAGUACGAACUGAAGGACAGCCCCGGCGUGCAGCACGCCGGUUUCGCCCACCACCACCCGGCCUUCUACCCGUACGGCCAGUACCAAUUCGGUGACCCAUCCCGGCCCAAGAACGCCACGCGGGAGAGCACCAGCACCUUGAAAGCCUGGCUCAGCGAGCACCGCAAGAACCCAUAUCCCACCAAGGGUGAGAAAAUAAUGCUGGCCAUCAUCACCAAGAUGACCCUGACCCAGGUCUCGACUUGGUUCGCAAACGCCCGCCGGAGGCUUAAGAAGGAAAACAAGAUGACGUGGGCACCUCGGAAUCGAACCGACGAGGAGGGCAACGUCUACCCCAGCGACCAUGAGGGUGAGGAAGGCGACAAACGGGAGGACGAGGAGGAGAUCGACCUGGAAAACAUCGACACGGAAAAUAUCGAGAGCAAGGACGACCUGGAUGAGCAGGACGACCUGCAUUCGGAACUCAAACUUGACGCGAGGAGCGACUCGGAGGGUUCGGACGGCUAUGAGGAUUUACCCGAGCAGAGGUUUCUCAAGGCGGGCCUACACCACCAUCACCACCACCUCCAGAUUCACCACCGCGGCUCCUCCCCGUUGGAAAUCAAACCUGACGGGGACAAACUGAACUCGGGUCCGGUCAGCUCCCCGCCCUCAGAGAACAGUCAAGCGCCGGCCCAGAAACCAAAGAUCUGGUCCCUGGCGGAAACGGCCGCGGCCCCGGACAACCCGCGCAAGUCCCCGCAAGUGACUCCCACCCCCCCGGCUUCCCACCAGCAGCACGGCCUCAUGGCUCCGCACAGACUUAUCGCGUCAUGUCCCGCAAUGGGGAAGAUCCAGACUUGGACGAACCGAGCAUUCUCGGCGCAUCAGCUGGCUCUGUUCAACUCCAACCACUACUUAGGCCUGGCUAACCAGGCCGGAGGCGGCCUAGCGCUGUACGCGGGCGGCAGGCACACGGAGGACAAGGGGGCCGGCGCUGGUGCUGGUGCGGACUCUGCCCUCACAGGUACCGGUCCACGACACUGA